AUGAGGAAACAUGGAUGGCAACUUCCUUACCAUCCUCUCCAGGUGGUGGCUGUUGCUGUGUUCUUGGCUCUAGGGUUUGCGUUCUACGUCUUCUUUGCUCCUUUUGUUGGGAAUAAGAUUCAUCAGUACAUUGCGAUGGGCAUUUACACUCCCCUGAUUACAUGCGUGGUUGGACUGUAUAUAUGGUGUGCGGCUUCAGAUCCUGCGGACCGUGGAGUUUUCCGGUCAAAGAAGUACCUGAAAAUUCCUGAAGACGGAAAAUUCCCUCAGUCAAAGGAUUCAAAAGAUGGAUGUGGAUCAGUCACAGCUAAGUCUCAUGACAGCACAUGUGUGCAGGAUGCAGAAAAUGGAAGUACUAACAAGAAACUGGAAUCAUCAGAAAGAUCUCCUCUCCUGCGUUUGCUUUGCUCUCCUUGUGCAUUGGUUUGUGGUUGUUGCAGUGGAAGAGAUGAAUCUUCUGAGCAGGAGAUGAGCGAGGAUGGGAUGUUUUAUUGCAGUCUGUGUGAAGUUGAGGUCUUCAAAUACAGCAAGCAUUGCAGAGUUUGUGACAAAUGCGUGGACCGUUUUGAUCAUCACUGCAGGUGGCUUAACAACUGCAUUGGCAAGCGGAACUACCGAAAAUUCUUCAGCCUUAUGAUAUCAGCUAUCUUCUUGCUCAUAAUGCAAUGGUCAACUGGGAUUUUUGUGCUGGUAUUGUGUUUACUGCGGAGGAACCAGUUCAAUGCAGACAUUUCCUUAAAGUUGGGAAGCAGCUUCUCGCUAGUUCCAUUUGUUAUAGUUGUUGGUGUUUGCACUCUAUUGGCAAUGCUGGCAACGCUACCACUCGCUCAGCUUUUCUUCUUCCACAUUCUUCUCAUCAAGAAGGGAAUCAGUACAUACGACUACAUAGUUGCGCUGAGGGAGCAAGAGCAAGACCAAGAAGGUGGUGGAGGACAACAGAGCCCUCAGAUGUCAAUGAUCAGCUCAUUCACUGGACUCAGCAGUGCAAGCUCCUUCAAUACGUUUCAUCGUGGAGCCUGGUGCACACCACCACGCUUGUUUCUUGAAGAUCAGUUUGAUGUAGUCCCUCCAGAGAACGCGUCUGUAAGUUCAUACGGGAAGAAGUCAGUGGUUGAGGAACGCGUCAAGAAGAAGACACAACCUGUGAAGAUCAGUCCAUGGACUCUAGCACGUCUCAACGCAGAAGAAGUUUCGAAAGCAGCAGCAGAAGCAAGAAAGAAGUCAAAGAUAAUCCAGCCUGUGGCAAGACGAGAGAAUCCUUUCGUUGGCUUAGAAGCAAGCAGCAGCUUUGGAAGCAGCGGCCGUAGAAUGUUCCCAGCGAAGUUCGAAGCUUCCAACAGUAACAGCGGGAAGCAGCGAAGACAGUCUAAACGCAUACGGUUACCAGCAGAAUUGCCUCUAGAGCCACUGAUGAAUGCUCAGUCAAAGGCAGCUAUUAUGAUGGAGACAUCAACUAGCUCAGGGCUAGCUCCUCUUCAGCUAGAAGCAAGAAGCGCGUUUCAGACAAGCCGUGCAAUGUCAGGGUCAGGUGGUGGUGUUAUGAUGGUGACAUCUUCACCAGAGAGCAGCUUAGACUCACAUGACAUUCACCCUUUUAGAGUGUCCUCUGAAGCAGAAGACUCAGCACAGCUCAAUGGGUUUUCUUCAGCUGUUGGUCUGAUGGGUCAACAGAGAGGACAGCAACAACAACAACAACAACAAGAACAGCAACAGCAGUCCAUGAUGAUGAUGAUGAUGCCGUUGUCAAGGUCUACAAGUGACGGCUAUGAUGCAUCUGGUGGAGAAGACAGUGAUCAGGUUCCUUCUAGGAACAUCCACAAAUCAAGAUGA